AUGAUCACUAUCCAGCGCACGACUCAGGGGUUGAACAGCGAGUCACCCUUUGACUUGGGUUCCUUCGAAGAGUAUCGUAGCUUCUUCAAGGGUAAUUGUAUAAAUGAAGAGUGCGAGGAAGCAACUAGGAUUGUGCAAUCCUCUCAUGACGGUGGUGGCACCACGGAUGGGAACCCAAUGCGGUUGACGUGCUGUAUUGAGGUGCUCGGAAAGGUAAUGAUGGGGGUGUUGCCUGGUUUUUCAUCAUUUGCUCAGGCGCAGAGGGUUUGGGCGUACCUGUGGGAAAACGUAUUCCAUGUUGAUGAUUCCUAUGAUCCUUCUUCCUCCUCUUUUCCGUGUGCGACUUCAACACGACGUGAACGACAAGAAGGAUCCAUGGAGUGUUUUAGAGUGACCAAGCGGUUGGCGCGUCGCUGUGUGUCCAUCCAAACAAAGGCUGCGAUUGAUUAUGCAUUAAAAUGCGUGUUUCUUAUCGAUCCUUCACCCUUACCCCAUAUAAUUGUUGAUAAUGAAUCCUUUGUAAAUGAGAACACUACUGCAUCAGAGUUGGUGGAGGCGACGGCACGCCGCAUGCAGCAGACUAUGAUGCACGUGCUGGAAAAGAAAGAACAAUAG